AAAUUACAUAUUCCACGUAAAUCUUCAAUUUUAUAACCUAACAGAAAAUUUUUAUUUAUUCAUGUUUUGAAUGCUUUUAGGUGAGAAACUAAAGGCCCGUUGGCGGACCCUACGGGAUAAAUUUUACAAAGAUAUAAAAAAGAGACCAUCAGGAAGCGGCGUGUAUUCGCCACACAAAAAGUGGAAGUGGAUGGAGAGCUUAAAAUUUUUAAAGGACGUUGAAAUGGACAACAUGAAAACACAAGGUAAUUAUGGCACCGUAACGACUGAAGGUGACGACUCCUUUCUCAGCGACUUCUGUGAAUCCGCCUGUAGCAGUGUUAAUCUAAAUAUUUUUCCUCAAUCACUGCAGACACAGACACAGACACAGACGCAGACACAGACACAGUUUUUGUUAUUUCAGCGCAAACAUUUUUGA